CACAGAAUGUCUAAGGCAGCUUUAAGUGGAAGGUAGAUUUUUUUUUCUCAGUUUGCCUUGUGUUCUCCAUUCUGAAAGAAUGUUGUGGCUGCUCCUUUUUGUGGUGACUGCUAUUCAUGCUGAACUCUGUCAGCCAGAUGCAGAAAAUGCUUUUAAAGUGAGGCUUAGUAUCAAAACAGCUCUGGGAGAUAACGCAUAUGCCUGGGAUUCAAAUGAAGAAUAUCUCUUCAAAGCGAUGGUGGCUUUCUCCAUGAGAAAAGUUCCCAACAGAGAAGCAACAGAAAUUUCCCAUGUCUUGCUUUGCAAUGUAACCCAGAGGGUGUCAUUCUGGUUUGUGGUUACAGACCCUUUGAAAAAUCACACCCUUCCUGCUGUCGAGGUACAGUCAGCCAUAAGAAUGAACAGGAACAGGAUCAACAAUGCUUUCUCUUUGAAUGACCGGACUCUGGAAUUUCUAAAAAUUCCUUCCACUCUUGCGUCGCCCAUGGACCCCUCUGCACCCAUCUGGAUUAUUGUAUUUGGUGUGGUAUUUUGCAUCAUCGCAGCUGCAAUUACAGUACUGGUUUUAUCAGGGAUCAGGCAACAUAGAAGGGAGGACAACGAACUUCCUGAAGUGGAUGGCACUGAAGAAAAGUGUGAGAAUGUGAUUACAAGUGAAAGUAGCAUCCCCUGCCACCGCCUGCACAUGAAUGGAGGGGGUAUUAAUGGCGUCUUCGUGACAAAGGAUGAGUGGCUCACCCCUCUCUGAAGGGCUGCUGAUCUACUUCUCCAAGAAGCUCAACACUUGUUUCUGUGCAGCUGCUGAGCAUCCCAAAAUAUCGAGGGAAGAUUAUAUAUUUUGUAUCACCAUUUAUCUUUUGUAAGGAAUUUUGAAUGUGCUUGAAAGUGAAAGGCUACCAGUUAUACCCAUGAAGAACAUUGAAAUCAUAAGCUGUUGACUACUCAAAAUAUUCUAAAAUAUUUUUCUGACAACACAAUGUGUAAGUGCAGUCAUGUGAUGUUUGUAAUUAUUGAUUUAAGCAUUUCCAGGAAUAGGGUUGGACAUAACAAUUUUUCACACUUUGAAGACCUAAUGAGAAAUAAUUUUUCCAAUGGAGAAUAUGUGGUGUAGAAAUAAUUUGAAAUGGAGCUUUUUUGAAUAUUGUUUAUAUCACUUUGUAUAUGACUAAGUAAGCAAAAGUAAAAAGUAAUUACUGUAAAUGGGAUGGAUGAAAAUGGGAGUGUUGAUACACAGGGUGGAAUUUUAUCCUGUUAUACCAACAGUUGCUUAUAUAUUCUCUGAAUAUCAGUCUCUAGUAGUGCAGUCCUAUUUGUUGACUAUUUCCUCAAUUUGUGAAAGUCCAACCUAUGCUAAUUUAAUAAAAUGCUAAUCUUCUCUUUUUGAUUGUA